AUGUCAUUUUCGAUGUCAUACGAUUUUCCACAGCAGCAACCACCAAAAAGUGCCGCUGCCGAGAUGGAUCCUAGCGUACUUUGGUGUCUUGGACCAGAUUUUGACAAACAAACAGUAUUAAGUUUACUUAGUGAUAAUAAUUCUAUCGAUUCUGGCUUCAUGCAACCCACCACACCUAUAUGGUGGAUGUCAAGUCCAUCUCAAUGGAAUACUUCAUCGAUGCAUGAACCACCUAUUUAUACACCUCGUUCGGUAAUGAGUGAACUUGGACCACAAUCACCUACGAGUAGUGCUACAAAACGACCAUUUUCUGAUGUUAGCAAUCGAACGACUAUCGGUCGAUCAUUCACUGGCAACCAACCAACAACUAAACUUGAAUUUUCAACACCAGUACGAUCAUUAACACCAGAUUUGUACAGUCGAGUACCAUCAUCGAUUAAACGAUCACGAAUAACACCUGCACUUGCUUCAUCAUCUUUAUAUGAAACACCACCACCUCCAGCACCACUUUCUUCAUCUGGUUCAACAAUCGAUUCAGCUGAACGAGCUUUGGAAAUUGCACUGUUACUUAAAGAACAUCCAGAUUGUACUUGUGUACUUGUUACACUUAUUCAAGAAUAUCAAAGCCGAUUUCAAAAACCACUUCAUGUAAGUGAAUUAUAUACAAUGAAACAUGUCAUUGAUAUUCAAGAUUAUGGCGGUAAUCGAGUUGCUCGUCUAUUACCUGCAUUUCGUCUACGUUUUGACGAAAAUAAUAUUCAGGCUCAUUUGGAACAACCUUAUUGUAUAAUACAUUGUUCAAAAAAUUUUAUUGUUAAUCCCGAUCUUGAUUUACCUUUUGUUCAAAUUUCGUUCAGCUCAUUUGCUGAUAAUGUUCGUCAAUUAUUAACUCAACAUAAUGGUUCAAUGCCUUUAGCUAGUUUUUCUCAAUGUUAUAAUUAUAGCUUCGAACCUUUAUAUGAUCACAAUGAAGGCGUUCCACUUGAACAUUAUAUUUCAUGUAUCAAAGAUAUUCAAAUCGUUACUGGACAAGGUGUAAUUAAAAAGGUGCAAUUUUCUAAUACACCAGGUGUAUCGUUUAUGCCAACACCAUUUGAUACUUCUAAUAUGCAUGUCGACAUGUGUGCUGAAGUUCAACAACGUUUACAACAAUUUUCACGUGAAGUUCUUGAUUUACUUAAAAACCAAGGAUUUCAUUGUCGUUUACCUGUUUCAAAAUUUGUUUCUGCUUAUCAUCAAUAUUUUAGUCGACAAUGUCGUGUAGCUGAUUAUGGUUUUUCAAAAAUUAUUGAUCUUUUACUUGCUAUUCCAAAAUCUGUUCAAAUUCUCGGUGAUGGAAAUAAACGUAUUAUGACCAUUACACAUCGUUGUCAAAUGAAACGAUUUACUAAUGAUAUAAUUCGUAUUUUAAAAAAUAAACCGCAACGAUCAAUGUCAAUUAGUGAAAUUCCUAUUGAAUAUGAAAUCGCUUACAAAAAACCUUUUUAUGUUGCUGAUUUUGGUAUGUGCUAUUUGGAAGACCUUGUAAAUGAAGUUAAAGAUAACAAAGAAUUAGUUGUCGAAGCAGAUAAAGAUAUUAUUAAACUUUAUCGUAAAGAACGAACUGAUCUUGAAAUUUAUGCAACACGUAAUUUUGAAAAAGAUGUUAUUGAUAUGCUUCGUAUUUUACCUGAUUUCAGUAUACCAUUCCAAAAAUUUAUUCCAUCUUAUCAUCAUCAUUUUGGUUAUCAAUGUAAAGUACAAACAUAUGGAUUUUCUCGUUUAAUUGAUUUACUCGAAGAACUUUCAUAUGUUGUAAAAAUCAAUGAAGAUAAAAAUGGUGAGAAAAUUGUUCAAUUAACACCAAGUAUGAUGGCACAUGCAAUUUUAUUAAAUAUUGAACAAUUGGUUCGAAAAUCUCACGGUCCACUUAGAUUACAAGAUCUUCAAGCACAAUAUUUACAAGUCUAUCGAAAUGAAUUAAAUCCAGAAGAUUUUGGUGUGGCUAGUAUUGAAGCGUUACUUCUUACGAUGACUGAUAAACUAGACUUUCAUUAUACUGAAACUGAUAUUAUACUUGUAAUUAGAGAACCAAAUCCAGCAACGAUUCAAUUAGCUAAAAAUGUUGUUCUCACGUUAAUGUUAUCUCAAUGUCAAUUGUCAUUUUGGCAGUUAAAACAAGAUAUGCUUGUUCGUUUUAAGCAAGAUGUUACUUUGAAUAUGUGUCGCAAUGAAUUACAAGACUAUGUCGAAGUGAUUGAUCAAACAGUCCGUUUAACUCCACCAAUGUGUUUUGCUUACAAUGUAGUACUACUUCUUAGUCCAUGUGAUGGUCGCAUGGCUUAUGAUGAUUUUAUUAUUGAAUAUCAACGUCGAACUGGUUCAACUCAUUUACUUUAUCCAACAGAUUAUGGUUUUCCGACAAUGCCUCGUCUUUUCGAUGCUACUCAACUUGUUGCUCAAGUUCGUGGUCGACGCAAUUUUAAAAUAAUUAUACUCAAUCCCGAGUUUCGACUCGGAGGAUAUAGUCAACCAACACCUUUUACACCAAAACAAAAUCGAAAACCUAAAUUUGAUGCCAUUAAUUUCGAAGAUUCAUUAAAACCAUACGCUGAAGAUUUGACACUUGAAAAUCAACAUGAAAAAUUAUCUAAUUUAAUCUUACCAUUAUCGAAUCAUUCAUAUAAUGAACAAUUAAAAAUUAAACAAGAUAUAAUUGAGCAAGCAUUUGAUCAAAUCGGUCGUGCUAUUCUAUGGGAUAAACGAGUUGAUAGUCAAGUUUUGAAAUAUGUCGAAUUUCAACAAGGUAAUUUUUGUCAUGUCGAAUCAAUUAUCCCAUCGCCUAUCAUUGACCAUUAUCGAUGUAAAGAUGAUUUAUCAUGUGGCUAUGGGGUAGAUGGUCAAAAAACAGUUGGAUUUUAUAUUAAUCCAAGAAAUAGUAAAAAAUCUCCUAAUACUCUAUGUGUACCACCUAUAUAUUUAAAAAGUAUGAAACCAAAACAUGUUCUAGUAGUGAAGCAUUUUGAUCAAUUUCUUAAACAACAUCCAUUAUCUGUAUGUGAAAAUACAAAUAUAUUAAAAAAAGAUCAAUAUUGGCGUUCAAUUACAUUAAAAUCAAACGAACAAGAUGAUUUGAUGAUGACUGUUGUUGUUCAUCCUCAGUCAUUAAGUAAGAAUGAAAUUGAUCAAAUGAAAAAAGAUCUAUUGAAUUAUUUCAUCGAUGGAUCAGGUCGUGAAUGUGAAAUUAAUUCAAUAUAUGUUCAAACAUGCGCUCAAAAUCGUUGUAUAAGCGAAGAAAAUCCAUUUGAAUUAAUUUACGGAAAUGAAUUUCUUUAUGAAAUAUAUAACGAAAAAAAAUUUCGUAUUUCACCUGAAUCACUUCUACAAGUAAAUCAAAAAGCUGCCGAAUUAGUUUAUACAACGACAUUAAAACAUGCUCAAAUAGAUGAAAAUACAAUAGUAUUAGAUAUUGGAUCAGGAAUUGGUGUUUAUGCUGUAUUGGCUUCAUCAAUUGCUAAAAAAGUCUAUGCUAUUGAUCCUUUAACAUUAUGUAUUGAAGAUGGAAAAUUCAAUGCAAAAUUGAAUGGAUGUCGAGAUAAUAUCGAAUGGAUUUGUGGCUCUGCUGAAAUAAAUUUACAUCGGAUAUUAAAGAAAAUUGGUGAUUUAAAUGGAGAUCAUUCUCAUAUUGUAGCUAUUGUUAAUCCAUCACGAUAUAAUCUAUGUAAAUCGUUAAUUGAUCUAUUUGCUUUUGUAGCCAAUCGAACAAUAGAAGUACUUCGUACUUUACCAUCUAUUCAACGAAUUCUUUAUGUGUCAUGUAAAUCCGACGAACAAAUGAUGCAUCAUUUUUAUGAAUUAGCAGCUGGUGAACGAUCAAAAUCGAAACAAAUUGGUGCACCAUUUAUUCCUACCAGUAUUUAUCCGAUUGAUUUACUUCCGUAUACAACGCAUGCUGAAACUAUUGUGAACUGUGUUAGAGUGUAA